UGGAUUUAAUUCCGUAAAAAACGUUGAAACGUAGCGGACGCGUUCAGCGGACAAAAAUAAAACACGGAGAGUGGACGCGUUGUUACAACUCAAAGACUCAAACACUCGACCGAGGAGAAGAGCAGAAAAUAGUCGCCAAAACUUGCAGAAAAAUCGCGAAAAGCCACAGAAAACAACGCGAGUGUGAAAAUACAUUUGUUGUACUUUUUUUUGCCGUGUGUGAGUGAGCGAAAAAAGAAUGGAUCGGGAGCUGAACGGCGCGAUGAGGAGCGUGUCCAUAAAUAGCGCCCAACUGAAUGGUCACAAUAACGGCGGCGGUAUAGAUGAAACGGACCGCGUGGGCGUGGCAAGAGGAGGCGGGGCGGUACUGAGUGCAACGACAGCAACAACGGCGACCAAAACUACAAAUGCAGCGACGACAAAUGUAGCGGCGGCAACAAAUUCAACAACUCACAGUCCGCAGCAAAUUGCACUCUUAUCCGCUGCAGAGAAAAAAAAGAUGGUGCACGAGUUAUGUCAGCAGCUGCUCUUAACGGACGAACAGGUUCAGGAGCUAUGCUAUCGCAUCCUGCACGAACUGCGACGCGGCCUGGCCAAGGACACGCACCCGAAGGCGAAUGUCAAGUGCUUUGUAACGUACGUGCAGGAUCUGCCGAAUGGCAAUGAACGUGGAAAGUUUCUGGCCUUGGAUCUGGGUGGCACCAAUUUCCGGGUACUGCUCAUCCAUCUGCAGGAGAACAAUGACUUCCAAAUGGAGUCGCGCAUCUACGCCAUACCGCAGCACAUUAUGAUUGGCUCGGGGACGCAGCUAUUCGAUCAUAUCGCCGAGUGUCUGUCCAACUUUAUGUCGGAGCACAAUGUGUACAAGGAGCGCCUCCCCCUGGGCUUCACCUUCUCUUUUCCCCUACGCCAAUUGGGCCUGACCAAGGGUCUGCUGGAAACCUGGACCAAGGGCUUCAACUGCGCCGGCGUAGUCAACGAGGAUGUCGUCCAGCUGCUGAAGGACGCGAUCGCCCGGCGUGGCGAUGUCCAGAUCGAUGUGUGUGCCAUCCUCAACGACACCACCGGAACCCUGAUGAGCUGCGCCUGGAAGAACCACAACUGCAAGAUCGGUCUGAUUGUGGGCACCGGAGCGAAUGCCUGCUACAUGGAGCGAGUGGAGGAGGCGGAACUCUUUGCCGCCGAGGAUCCACGCAAAAAGCAUGUCCUCAUCAACACGGAGUGGGGCGCAUUUGGCGACAACGGCGCUCUGGACUUUGUGCGCACAGAGUUCGAUCGGGACAUUGAUGUGCACAGCAUCAAUCCGGGCAAGCAGACCUUCGAGAAGAUGAUAUCCGGCAUGUACAUGGGUGAACUGGUGCGUCUGGUGCUGGUGAAGAUGACCCAUGCAGGCAUUCUGUUCAACGGGCAGGAUUCGGAGGUGCUCAACACCCGCGGACUGUUCUUCACCAAGUAUGUGAGCGAAAUCGAGGCGGAUGAGCCCGGAAACUUCACCAACUGCCGUCUGGUGCUGGAGGAACUUGGGUUGACCAAUGCCACCGAUGGGGAUUGCGCCAAUGUGCGGUACAUCUGCGAAUGUGUCUCGAAGAGGGCCGCCCACUUGGUGUCUGCCGGGAUAGCCACGCUGAUCAACAAAAUGGACGAGCCGACGGUGACGGUGGGUGUCGAUGGCAGUGUCUAUCGCUUCCAUCCCAAGUUCCACAAUCUGAUGGUGGAGAAGAUCUCGCAGCUGAUCAAGCCGGGCAUCACCUUUGACCUGAUGUUAUCCGAGGACGGUUCGGGUCGUGGAGCGGCCUUGGUGGCGGCUGUCGCCUGUCGCGAGGACAUACUCAAUAGCAAGUAGGCGCGGGAAGAUCUGGAGGAGCAGGAGCCAGGAGGAUGAGGAGCCAGGAGGCGGGUACCACCUCGGGAAGGAGGAGGAGCCGCUGGAGCAGCUGAAGCAGUCCUAAGAGCAACACACACAACAGCAGAGCAAAAAACACCUAGUAAACGGCCACGGUGGCGUAUGCGUAAUUACAGUAGAGCCUCACUAACUCACAAAAGCCCUGAAAAAAAAGCUGCCACAAAGAAAACGGAAUCGAAAGCUCCUUCAAAAAAACAAAAAACAUGGGGCAUUUGUGAGUUAGAGCGGCUUGGCUUUAGUAUUUUAAUUAGGCAAAAACCAGGUUUUUAACAAGAAACGUAACAGAAAACCCCCACUAAGAGACAGAAGAUCUGUGGCAUUCUAUCUCUUUCUCUCCUAGUUAAAAAAAAAAAGAAAACCGAAAAACACUAUGCCCAAUGAUUAUGGAUCGAUUUUCGAUUUUUGAUGAAGAUUUGUUAUGCUAUUAUAUAUAUAAUAUAUUUUACAAAACCAUAAUAUACACACACAAAAAAACAUAGUGUAUCUAAAUGUUUGCGUAUAUAUAGUACAAUUUGUGAAGCGAAUUUCUUUUCGAUUUCGAUUGAGACAACAAAUUUUUUGGUAUUUCCCUUCCCAAAGACCCUUCAAAAUCCCACAAAAAAGACCCCCAAAAACGGAGAUACUUAAGAGCAAACGAGAGAAGAAACUGUUAUACUACUGUGCUACAAGCAUUCUAGCAUAUCCUGCAGGACAACGGAUAGAGAAACUGUAAAACCGCACAUUGUUAAAGCAUAAACGAAAAAAGCAACAAAAAACAAGCCGCUAGAGAAGAGACAGAAAGAGAGAGAGAAAGAGAGAGAGAGGAAUACUAGGUAAAGCUACGGUGUCCUUUCUGUAAUUGUAAAUGUUUAUAUAGAACCUAUUACGAAGCGUUAUAUGAUAAUACUGCAUACAUAUAUAUAUUACAUAUAUAUAUAUUUAUAUAUAUAUAAAUAUGAUAUAUUUAGCCACUAUAUUACUGAUUUUUUUUUGUAAUGUAUUGCUUGUCUUUGUUUAGUGAAUUUGUUUGUUGUUAACACUUAAGCAGGUAAAAACUAAACAAAAAAAACUGUUUUUUUUUCUUUUGAUAUAGAAACGCACUUUGUGAGCUAUUAUUUAUGUAAUUGUACAUUUGACCUAGUUUAGUGUUUAGUUCUUAUCUUAGUUUCUAAAUGUCGUCGAAGAAGCCAGCAAUACAACCAAUAUAUAUCCCCACCCCAAAACCCGACCCACAGAGCCCUUAAUUAUAUUUAAUUAUUGUUUACGAACAACAACGGAGAGAAUGCGAGAAGCAAAAGGCAAAUAAGCGAAAUGAAAAGCAAAUAAAAUUUGUUCUUAAUUCAUACACAA